GGAGGAACAGAGCACGCCGGAAAUGACGUCGGCGGAGUCGCCCUUAUAACCGCGAGGUGGCCAGUAUUCGGCGUUUAAAGAUACGAGGGUCCGAAUAUUUAAGUAUUUCACACUAAAAACAAACCAUGCCUCGUGUGUAUGUGGGCAGAUUGAGCUAUAAUGUACGGGAGAAGGACAUUCAGAGGUUUUUCAGCGGCUACGGGAAGCUUUUGGAGAUAGAUCUAAAGAAUGGGUAUGGGUUUGUGGAGUUUGAAGACACCCGUGACGCAGAGGAUGCCGUGUAUGAGCUGAAUAGUAAAGAGCUGUGCGGGGAGCGUGUGAUCGUGGAGCACGCGAGAGGACCCCGGCGAGACAGAGACAGAGACCGAGACGGAUACGGUGGGGGUUAUGGGGGUGGUGGGCGCAGCAGUAGUGGUUACAGCAGCAGGAGCCGAACCGGAAGAGACAAAUACGGACCUCCCGUUCGCACGGAGUAUCGUCUGAUAGUGGAGAACCUGUCCAGUCGUUGCAGCUGGCAGGACCUCAAGGACUUCAUGCGUCAGGCUGGUGAGGUGACCUAUGCUGAUGCCCACAAAGAACGGACGAAUGAGGGUGUCAUUGAGUUUCGGUCCUACUCUGAUAUGAAGAGAGCCGUGGACAAGUUGGAUGGUACUGAUAUUAACGGGAGGAAAAUUCGUCUAGUGGAGGACAAACCGAGGCGACGCCGUUCCUACUCUGGGAGCAGGUCAAGGUCUCGUAGCAGACGCCGCUCUCGCAGCAGGAGCCACAGGAGUUCACGAAGCCGUUCCGGGUCCAGAUCUCGGUCAAGGUCCAGCAAGCACAACUCCCGUUCUAGGUCUGGUCACAAGUCCCGUUCUAGGUCUAGGAGAAAGUCCCAUUCAGAGUCACCGGCAAAGUCUCGCUCCAGAAAGCCGAAGUCCAGGUCCCGCUCCCGUACGCAAAAGUCACGCAGUCGCUCCACAAGCCACAAGUCCCGGUCUCGCUCUGCCCAUAAAUCUCGCUCCAAGAGUCGCUCCAACGCCAAGUCUGACAGAGAUUCCAGAAGCUGCUCCAAGGAAAAAUCUGUCUGUAAGAAAUCGCGAAGCCGUUCUGCUUCUCCAAGAAAGAAUGGAAAUGGAGAGCGAGCCAAGUUGGCUUCACGUUCGCCGUCCCCUAAAGAGGGUCGCUGUCAGUCAGAGUCACCUGGCAAACGUUCUGCCUCUCGUUCUCCAUCACGAUCAAAGUCCCACUCUCGUUCUAGGUCAGCCUCACAAGACUAGUGUCUCACUGAUUAGAUUGCACGCCAGCGAAUGAUUUCUAAUUCACAGCUCGGUGUUGAAUUAAUCAUUCACAGCCUGUGAUCAUUCACCAAAUUCUUAUGAUGGCUGUACCCCAGUGUAGUAAUGAUUUACAGUGCUGUUUUCAACAUUGCAUGAAAGCAAUUACAUACCAGAAGAGUUUUGUCCGUCCCCCCCCCCCCUUUUAAUUUUUAUUAUCAGUUAUAACCUUUUUGUGCUUGGCAUUGCUCAGGCCAUUGGUUGUAGUGUACUCUGGUAUAAUUUGUCUAUAAAGGCUCAUUGCCGAUUGAUGCUUUAGUGUGGGGGUUUGAGGAGGCGAGAACAAUGCGCCAUAGUCUUGAAUUUGUUUGGAUGUGUUUCUAAAUCCGCAAUUGGUAUCUUUUUGUGUUGUACUCAAAUGUUGAAGACAUGCGAUGGAGUGGUUAACUAAGAAAUGCUUCCUCCCUGUAUGGUAAUUUCAUUCCAGUCUCUUUCUAAAAUUGUUUUUUUUUUUUUUUUUUUUUUUUAAACUGUUAGUGCUUUUGGUCAUCUUGAAAUGUCUGUGUGAUGUUGCUGAAGUUUUUAUAGGAAUGUAAUACAUCACUGCACUUUUCAGCUUGAUUUCUUUGUCCAGGAUUUAUCUAAUUUUAAAUGGCCUUUUGAAUAUUUUCCAGUGAUUUAGUUAAUAAACUUUGAAUUGGUUUUCAGUGUUGCUUCCCCCCCUUUUUUUCCCCCUAGCAUAAGCUGAUUUCUAUGUUUAUGAACAAUAUCCGAAAGUGGGUCUUAAAUCAUACUCUCAAAUUGAUUCAUAUUUAGGAGUUCCCACAUUCAAAAAUAUUUGUGUGGGAAAAUAUUUUAAUCAGUAUCACAAAUGACUGGAUAAAUCAUGGAAAUGUAUUGGUCAAAAAGUGUGGCAACCCUGAAAUUGUUUUAAGGACCCAAGCUUUCCCUCAAUGUAAAAUCAAGAGAAUAAACAGAAAUGGGUCUUGUGUUGCAUUCAAA